GCCCAUUCAUUGCAGCAAAAUGGCUGCUGGAGCAGCACGCCUAGUCGGGAGACUAGGACUGCUGGUUGGGAGGCGAGCACGGAACUAUGGGAGGAUGGGUUACUCCGACAGCGCACCUUCCCGAGGCCCUGAGUACACCACGGACCUGGCCGAAGCCACCGUAUCUCUGACGUCCAAACAACCACUGCCAGUCUACCGGGUGUUGAGUGCGGGUGGUGAGAUGCUAGAUCCAUCCCAAGACCCAGGAGUAAGAAGUUGGGAUUGAGUCCGAAUGAGUGACGUGAGGUUUCUUGUCCCGUGACGCAGCUGCCAGGAGAGACAGUGGUGAGAAUGUAUGAGAAGAUGGUUGGUCUGUGUCAGGUGGACCAGCAGCUCUACAAGGCACAGAGGAUGGGGCUGAUCUCAUUCUACAUGACGUCCUAUGGCGAAGAGGCCACACAUUUUGGCAGUGCGGCAGCUCUGCAUGAGAAGGACAUGGUGUACGCCCAGUACAGGGAGCCAGGUGUUCUGCUGUGGCGUGGCUUCAGUUUAGAUCAGAUGGUGGACCAGUGUUUUAACAAUCGUCAUGAUCUCGCCCACGGUCGCCAGAUGCCUGUUCACUAUGGCUCCCCAGAGCACUACUUCCAGUUUAUCUCGUCUCCUCUUGCCACACAGAUGCCUCAAGCCCCUGGUUAUGCCCAUGGUCUGAAGCAGGCAGGCUCGGACAACUGUGUCAUCGUAUAUUUCGGAGAUGGGGCAGCUCAAGAAGGAGACGCUCAUGCUGCAAUGAACUUUGCAGCUACUCUCAAGUGUCCAGUCAUAUUCUUCUGUCGCAACAAUGGCUACGCUAUAUCAACACCAGUGGAGGAGAACUACAAGGGAGACGGCCUGGCUCAGAGGGCCCUCGGGUAUGGCAUGGAAGGCUAUCGUGUCGAUGGAAAUGAUGUUCUGGCAGUUUACAAUGUGACAAAAAAGGCCAGGGAGCUGGUGGUGGAUGAGGGUGCACCUGUCCUGAUUGAGGCCAUGACAUACAGACUGGGGUCCCACAGUACCAGUGAUGAUCAGACAGGCUACCAGGACAUGAGUGAAGUCAAAGACUGGCGAGAGCGGUACUUUCCCCGGGACAGGCUGAGGGGCUACCUACAGAGCCAGGGACUGUGGGACCAGGAGAAGGAGGAUGAACUUGUAUCAGUCACUAACGAGACAAUCAGAAGUGCCAUAAAGAGAGCUAGGGCGGAGAAGAAGCCAAGUCUGGAGCACAUGUUCACUGAUGUGUAUGAUGUGCCUCCGCUGAGACUGAGACGACAGAAGGAGGAGGUGCAGGCAAUGGUUGCCAAGUACCCAGAACACUUCCCAACUGCAUCUCAUGAAUAGCAGGGCACAUCAGUUUUUUGCAAUUUAUUUUUGCCCAUUGUAUGUAAUCUUGGAUUUGUAUAACUUUGUGUACUUGGGAACUCGAAUGAAUAAGGACA